AUGUGGGGCCUCGCGCAGCUCGUCUUCCGUGGCACGGCCUCAACAGGAGCCGCCUGGAUCCUCGUUCCGCUUCGGGCGGCGGAGUUCGACUCGCAGCACACUGGGAACCUCUUGUGGGCGCUCGCGAGCCUGAGCUGGCGUGGCAGGCCGGCCCUGACUGCCACCUACGUGGAAGCUUUGUCGAAGCUUCCCGAGUCCAAGGCGCAGGAGGCAGCCAACAGGGCGCGGGCCAUGACGUCAUCUUCGGAGCUGGAGGAUGCUCUGCGCGGUGCCGCUUUGCAGUCAGUUCUGCACUCGUCGCCCAGCUUGCAGCCGUUCUGCGACUGCCUGGAUGCUGUCUUCCAACCUGAGGCGUAG